GAUAGUGAAGCGAGGCUUGGAAGAAAGAGAUGAUAUUUGACGCAUUCGUCGCCACUUUACUGAGUCUGUUGUUGUUUGUCAAGGGUCGAUCGACUAAGCCUAGCUGUUGUCCAAAAGUGGAUCCUGACGCAUUUCGUAAUGUUAGUCAGCUUAUUGUGAAUCGUGGAUAUCCAGUUGAAGAAUACUGUGUGGACACCACAGAUAACUUCACACUCGGUGUUCAGCGUAUCCCAUAUGGGCGAGCGGGUGGAACCAAGGGCCCUAAACCUGUAGUAUUUUUACAGCAUGGGCUCUUGGCGGACUCGUCAAAUUGGGUCCAAAAUUAUCCGGAUAACAGCUUGGGGUACAUCUUGGCCGACAGUGGGUUUGAUGUUUGGCUUGGUAACAUCCGGGGAAACAGAUACUCGAGACGUAAUAGUGUCUUAAAGCCGAGUCAAAAAAAAUUCUGGGAUUGGAGCUUUCAAGAAAUGGCUCAAUAUGACAUCCCAGCCAUGCUUAAGCACGCUCUAGAGGUCAGCGGCCAACACCAGCUAUUUUACAUCGGCCACUCGCAAGGAACUCUGGUCGGUUUCACUAGUUUUUCAUCCAAUCCCGAGCUUGCAAAGAAAGUCAAACUGUUCAUGGCCUUGGCGCCCAUUUACCAAUUGGACCACACUGCCGCAAUACUGAGGGACUUGGCUUUCACUCUUGACCCAAUUGAGGAACUUCUUCGUCCCCUGGGCGAAAUCGAGUUCUUGCCUGGUCGACUGCUUCAGAAGCUUAUAGAUAUCGGUUUUUGUGGCGGCAAGUGGUCAGAACAGGCUUGUUAUGAUCUUGGAGAGUACAUUUUUGGCUUUGAUGACAGUAACAACAAUAUGAGUCGGGUUCCGGUCUACCUUUCAAACUGGCCAGCGGGUACUUCCCUGAAGAAUAUCAUCCACCUCGGCCAGCUUAUAUUAUCGGGAAGAUGUCAGAAGUUUAACUAUGGCAGGAAAGGAAAUCAAAAACAUUACCAUCAGGACUCACCACCAGUGUAUGAUGUUAGUAAGAUGAUAACACCCACAGCAUUUUUCUACGCCGGCCAGGAUUCACUGUCUAACGCGACUGACGUGGAAGCUCUUAUACCCAAAAUUAGCAAUCUUGUACUCACUCAGUUCUUACCUAGAUGGAAUCACGUUGAUUUUGUGUUUGGAGAGGAUGCUGCCAAAGUUUUAUACAGCAAACUUGUCAAAAUUUUGCAUGAUCUCUCGUGAGUGGAGAAGCAAUGGCAUCGUGGAAGUCAGCACUGGGCCUGUUAACGUGAAAAAUAAAGUCCAAAUUGAUGUUGGAUCACUGUGCAAUCCAGGGAAAAGAUGUUUUAUAAUUUCAGAAGAGGAAAUUCAUUUUAGUGCAGAUUUAUUGAAAGUGUAAGAAUUAUAUAAAAUAUUAUUUGGAGUUACCAAGGACUACCGAAAAAAGACAAAUCGGAAGCAUAUGAUUCGAUGAAAGAUUAUUUUUCUUGAAGCUAACGUGGUUGUUUUUAAUCAUCGCGUUCAUGGACCAUGGCUCAUUUUCUAGCGUCAGUUUAUCACGAUACUAAUCUCCCCAAAGAUGUCCAAAUUGCUCAAAUUUUAUAUCUGAUUAAAGCAAUAAACUGAUCGCAAAAGGCCUAUCAAAUUUA